CCUAUAUAAAAGUAUCGCUUAUCUUAGUUCCUAAUAGUAAAUAAACAUUUUUGCCGGCGAUAUGGAAAUCCUGCUAUCUACAAUUUAAUACCAUGACUGUUCUCUUUCAAUUAAAAAUGUUUCAGUUAUCAACUGUCUGGCAAAUUGAACGAAACUUUUAUGGGUUCUAUGACACGCUCGAUUAGAUUGCGCUCAUUUGUGGACAGAGCUCUGAAAUGGACGGACUGAAAGCGUGAAAAUGCGCCUCGGAUAUUCUUGGCUGGCCUUUGGCCUGUGCCUGUUUUUGCACCUCAAUGGGAACCUUGACCUGGCACAGGCUGCCAACAUCCUGGGCAUAUUUCCCUUUCACUACGGAUCUCCUUAUUUGGUAGUGCGACCUUUGAUUCAGGCCCUAGUGGAUCGAGGACACAACGUAACCUUGAUUACACCAGAGGGCAUGCCGCCCAAUAUCAAGGGAGUUCGACACAUUCGCGUUCCCAAAAUAAACAGACGUAUGCAAGAAAUGACCGAUACUGACUUAAUUUUGGGUUUCUUGAGCAACAAAUGGAUAGAAAGCAUUCUGGCUGCCAGAUUGUAUUACAAUAUGUGUCAAGAUAUCCUUAGCGAAAAUGCCGUUCAAAGAAUGCUAAAUGACAAGGGGGAGCACUUUGAUCUCAUCUUCAUGGAUGCGAGCAAUCUGGAUGCACUCUACGGCUUAGUGGAGUAUUACAAUGCCACUCUGAUUGGCCUGACCUAUAUAGGUGUUAACUGGUACACCGAAGAACUGGCUGGAAAUCGCGCACCAAGCAUCUACGAGCCCAUCUCCCAAAAUGGCUACUCCAGAGGCAGCUCGAUACUGAGUAGAAUUUACAACUGGGCUCAUAUAAAUGAGGAGAGGUUGCUGGUGCAACUGAUAAUCUUACCAGCUCAACUGCGCGUCUUCAAAAGGUUCUUCGGCUAUUCGGAACAAAAAUUCUAUGACCUACGAAACAGGUUCUCGGUGAUUUUGGUCAACAAUCACUUCAGUGUGGGCAGGGUGCGAUCUAACGUCCCCAACCUCAUCGAGGUUGGCGGGCUACAUCUUAGCGAAUCCCCAGAGCCGUGCGAUAAGGAGUUAAAGAAAUUUAUGGACGAGGCGGAGAACGGUGUCAUCUAUUUCUCCAUGGGCAUGGACAUAAUGGUUAAGUUUCUCCCCGAAAAUCUUCAGCAAACACUGGUAAAAUCCUUUGCACAUGUAAAACAGCGGAGUGUUUGGAAGAACGAGUUCUAUAAUAUGCCCAACAAAUCGGAAAACAUAUAUAUGAUAGAAAAAACCCCGCAACGCGACGUUCUAGCCCAUCCCAAAGUGCGGCUUUUCAUCACAAACGGAGGACUUUUAAGUGUGAUGGAGGCAGUUGACAGUGGAGUUCCGAUGCUUGGACUACCGAUCUUCUUUGACCAAUUUGGUAAUCUCAAAUGGGUCCAGUUGGCAGGCAUGGCCGAGGUUUUGGAUAUAAGCAAUCUAAGCGCAGAUACUUUGACUAAUACCAUACGGGAGCUGAUUGAAAACCCUAAAUACACUUUGAGAGCUAAGAAAAUGUCGAAAACAUUUAAGGAUAGACCGAUGAGUCCUUUGGAUACGGCUGUUUGGUGGACCGAGUACGCCUUGCGGAAUCGGAAUGUAUCCCGAAUGAGGCUCAAUAUGGAGGAGAUUCCGCUGAUUCAGUACUAUGGAUUAGACAGCAUCCUUACCUCUAGCGUUCGAUUUGGAUUAGUCGCAUUGUCGGUGCUCUAUUUGAUAUAUAGUUUGUUUCUGAAAAAUCGUAUUGUGCAAAGAUGAUUCGAUCAAUUGAUAAAUUUUCCAAUAAAACGCUUUUGGCGCUCCCAUAUAAAUUUAGCACCUCUUUUUAUAACAAUGUAAACAAUGU